GACCCCCAGAGAGAGAAGAGGGAGGAGCUUGGCUUGGCGUUCGUUUCUUUUUUAGUUUUGGUUUCUCUCAGCGAGUGUGUGCGAGGGAGAGAGAGAGAGAAUCGGGGUGGCCUGUCUGGGGCAUGGAAGGGCUGGCCAUGCUGAGGCAGCUCAUCGGUCAGCUUCAGGAGCUCCUGGAAGUUUACGGCUCUCACCCUCCUCUUCUUCCUUAUCCUCCCGAUCCUCCUCCUCAUUUGCUUCAACCUCUGCAACAUCCACUGCCUCUUUCCGACCUCCACUCUCAACAACCCCAAAGGUGGUGCUUUCUCAAUGUCGAUGAUGGUUCUACAGAUGAUUACUACAGUCUUAUAAUGGCGGCUGGAAAAUCCGGAAGUUUCAAGAUGUUGGAACCUUACAAGCCUCCUGCUGCUAAGAAAUCUCGGAAGGAGCGGACCCGGGGUAAAUCAUCUGGGACUACCAAUACAUCUGAGGUUAUGGAACAGCAAAUUUGGAAAGAUUUUCCAGAAGACCUUUUUGAAGCUGUUAUCGCGAGACUUCCCAUUGCUACAUUUUUCCGCUUUCGCUCAGUUUGCCGGAAAUGGAAUUCCUUGCUGAACUCCCAAAGUUUCUCUCAGCAUUGUGCCCAAGUCCCACAAGGCAAUCCCUGGUUUUACACCAUUACCCAUGAAAACGUGAAUUCUGGAGCUAUGUAUGACCCUUCCUUGAAGAAAUGGCACCACCCCACCAUUUCUUCUCUGCCCAGUAAAAUGAUCGUUUUGCCAGUGGCUUCAGCUGGGGGCCUCAUCUGUUUUCUCGAUAUUGGUCAUAGGAACUUCUACAUCUGCAACCCUCUGACUCAAUCUUUUAAAGAGUUGCCAGCUAGGUCGGUUAAGGUCUGGUCUCGAGUUGCAGUGGGGAUGACGCUGAAUGGGAAUUCCACCUGUGGGGGCUACAAGAUCCUGUGGGUGGGGUGUGAUGGGGAGUUUGAAGUUUAUGACUCGGUGAAGAACUCUUGGAUCCGUCCAGGAAACAUGCCCUCAGGUAUUAAGCUGCCACUGUCCUUGAACUUUCGGUCCCAGGCUGUUGCCAUUGAUGGCACACUCUACUUCAUGCGUUCAGAUCCUGAAGGGAUUGUUUCCUAUGAUAUGGUUACCGGGAUUUGGAAGCAGUACGUAGUCCCCACCCCACUACAUCUGACCGACCAAACACUCGCAGAGUGUGGGGGCCGGAUCAUGCUUGUGGGGUUGCUGUCAAAGAAUGCGGCCACGUGCGUUUGCAUAUGGGAGCUGCAGAAGAUGACGCUCUUGUGGAAGGAGGUUGACAGAAUGCCAAACAUAUGGUGCUUGGAGUUUUAUGGAAAGCACGUUAGGAUGACUUGCUUGGGUAACAAAGGCUUGCUCAUGCUGUCCUUGAGAUCAAAACAAAUGAACAGAUUGGUUACUUAUAAUGUAUCGAGCAGGGAAUGGCUAAAGGUUCCUGGUUGUGUGGUGCCAAGGGGAAGGAAGCGGCAGUGGAUUGCGUGCGGCACUGCAUUUCACCCAUGCCUGACUGCUAUCGCUUGAUUCAGCUUUUCUCUAUUUCUGGCAGCAUCAGCAUGUCAACCGUCAGGGAUGGGAUUUUCCAUUUCCCUACUGAUUGAAUGCAUGGUUGGCUGCAAGCUUGUGCUGCAAAUUUCUUAGCCAAAUUUUCAUUGUUGUUUAAGUUAUGCAAAUGAUACUAUGGGUUCCAUGAUGAUCAGCUUCUCCUUUUUCAUGUACAAACUUAGACAAAUAACUUUGGUUUCAGAAAACAAAGUUCAGAAUGCCUAUUUCUAAGUCA